UGUGGAAAAGACUGAAAAAUGAACGUUUGCUAGUUAUUGUCAUGACAGUUACUCCUCCUCUACGGAAGUAUUCCCGCCCUCCUGCCUCAACUAUCCUGUGAGCUAUGGCGACCCCUUUGGAAGGGGGAUCCCAUCAUCUGCCCCAGUCAACUGAAAGUUCGCAACAACUGCAGGCUUAUGUGGCCUGGGUGAAUGCCCAGCUCAAGAAGAAGCCGUCGGUUAAGCCAGUGCAGGACCUGAGGCAGGAUCUCCGAGACGGGGUCGUCCUGGCUUCUCUCAUCGAGAUUGUAGCUGGAGAGAAGCUGAGUGGCGUGCAGGCCAGUCCCGCCAGCCAGCAGGAAAUGAAGGAGAACGUGGAGAAAGUCUUGCAAUUUGUGGCCUCCAAAAAGAUCCGCAUGCACCAGAUGUCCGCUAAAGACAUCGUGGAUGGAAACCUGAAAUGCAUCAUGAGGUUAAUCCUUGCCUUAGCAGCUCAUUUUAAACCCAGCUCAAGCAAGCCUCCCUCUCAGGCCCCACCCAGCAUGGCGGGAAGGAGCCCAGCGGGAACAGGAGGGGCACACGCCUCAGCCAGCCACCAGCCUCAUUCUGCCCCCACCACCAUCGCGCAAGCUGCGCUGGCGGCGCUGGCAGACAAUCGCCAGGACGUCUUGCGUUUGGGACGCGAUGGGUUCCGACACCAACAGAGGAACAGCAGCCUGGAUGAAGAGAUUGAGCAUCCGUACUGGAGCGUCCGGGCGCUGGUGCAACAGUACGAGGGGCAGCAAAGUGUGCCUUCGGAGUCCCACUCCUCCAGCCUCACCUCGCCUAGCCCCAUAAACAGUGCAAAGAGUGAGUCCAGUGCCACACCUUCAGAGGAGAAGGCAGGAUUUGACCUCGUUCGUGAAGAAGGUGACAGUAGAACAGAAGAGUCCGGCUCCUUCUUUCCCCCCGAAUGGCAAGCGAAGGGUCCUGCCACGAGCUUAGAGCCGCCGUGGGAAGAGCAGCUUCUGGAACAGCAGGAUCACUUGGAAAAAGAAAUGGAAGAAGCCAAGAAGAUGAUUUCUGGACUGCAGGCCUUGCUGCUCCGCGGAUCACUCCCUGAGGACGAGCAAGGGAGGUUGUUUGUCCUCUCCGAACAGGACGCCUGCCCUGAAGAGCAGCUGAUCAUAAUCCGAAGCCGACUAGACCAGAGCAUGGAAGAGAACCAGGAGCUAAAGAAGGAGCUGCAGAGACACAGACUGGAAGCACAGAGCCUGCAGGGAGUCAAGGAUGCUUUGCAGCAACGGCUGGUCCAGCAGGAUGCGCUGAUUCUCCAGAUCAAGCAGGAGCUGCUGAGGGCGAACGUGGACAAGGAGGACCUCCACAGCCAAAAUGUGGAUCUACAGAGGAAGGUGGAAGAGAAGAAUCGACUCUUGGCUGAAUACAAGAAGGAGCUGGGCUUGAAGGACCGACACUUGCACCAGCAGCAGGCCAAGAUGGAGGAGAUGCUGCAGCAGCUCUCGGAGGCCAGCUAUCAGCAGGCGGAGAUGGAGCGAGACCUCGAGCACAAGGAAGCCCUCCUGGCUCAGUGUAUGAUGAAGAAGGAGGCGGAGGAGGUGAUCGCCUACAGCAACCAUGGCUGUCAGAGCAACGGCUUCCUCCAGACCUCAGGAAAAGGAGCCACUUCCACAGCACACAGAGGGACCAACGACCUGCAGCUGGUGCGGGAGGCGCUGCGGAGUUUGAGGAACAGCUUCAGCGGCCACGACCCCCAGCAUCACACCAUCGACAGCCUGGAGCAGGGCCUCUCCAGCUUGAUGGAGAGGCUCCACCGCCUGGAGAUGCAGAAGAGGCAGGAGAGGAGGGUCCGAGGGAAGUCGCCUGCUGGCCGCGUCACGAACGAGUACCGAGACUCCUGGCCCUCCAACUCCAAGCUGCCUCAUUCUCACAGUACCCCCACGAUGAGCAGCAGUGCCUGCACCAAAGUGCUCUACUUCACCGACCGCUCCCUCACCCCCUUCAUGGUCAACAUACCAAAGAGGUUAGGUGAGGUGACUCUGAGGGAUUUUAAAGCAGCGAUUGAUCGGGAAGGAACACACCGGUACCAUUUCAAAGCCCUGGAUCCAGAAUUUGGCACGGUCAAGGAGGAGGUUUUCCACGACGACGACAUCAUUCCUGGGUGGGAGGGGAAGAUUGUGGCUUGGGUGGAAGAGGACCAUGGGGAGAACUAGCAGGACCCUUGAAACGCUCCUCUCCAUGACAUUCCACUGGACUUGCCAGAUAGGACCAAAAAGUGUGUGACCUGAGACGCAUCCAACUCAUCACUGCCAAAUGAAAAGAAUGGACUUUCCUACUAAAUAACGGGUAUAAUGUUUUGCCACGUACGGGGAUGUGUGGAACUGAGGUCCACGGCCAAAAUGUUGUGUUCAGAAGCUCUUGAUUCAAUCCGUGUCGGCCUUAACAGUCCUUCUUGGUCCUCGUUGCCACGGAUGUCCUUUCUCCAAAGAACCUCACCGGGUGGCAAACAGUAUUACAGAGAACCUGGCGCGUAGGUUGAAAACGACCAACGGUGGCCUCCGGAGAGGCAGGCCAGCAGGCCAUGCCGUUAGACCUACUUUCUCCCUGUUGGAAUCCCUCACCAGCUCAUCCCUCCAGAUGACUCUGUGCCCAACAUGCCUUCCUGUAUUAAAGCUCCCUCACGUCUAUCCGCUUGAGGAACCGAACUGGAGCUUUCCAGACAAAAGAGAAACAAGUUGGACAGUGUUCCAGAUCCAGUGUUAGGAGGGGCGGCGCCGUUGCUUCUGCUUUUGCUGCUGUUUGCUUUCCUGCUUCGUUUUGGGUGUUGGUGAAAAGAGCUACAGGCCCUUCCUUCAGCCUCUUUGCUCCCCUUUUCCUUUAGGUUGGGCAAAGAAGAUCACGGGAAGGUCCCCAUCGGGGGCUGACCCCUGCUUCUCAAGGGAUUGGAUGGCAAAAGAGCAUCUGAUCCUUGUGUCUCUCCCUCUUGGAAGUCUUGAAAAGAGCUGCAGACAAUGGAAGGAAACCAGCUGGUACCGUCAGAGCAGCCGUUUCUCUGCGUUCUCCCGUGGCCCAUGUUGGACUCGCACCAUUAGCUGAGUUUUCUUCCGGCAACCUUGUGCUGAGAGGUGUGCAAAGCCGAGUCCCCCGGCACUUAUUUGAGGGUGGCAGUUUGGCAGUGGGAUGUAUGCUGAACCAUUCACUGCAUACAGUUUCACGUGGGUCUCAUCGCGAGGUUUCAGCUGUGAAAGAGUGUGCGAAAGGAAAGGGGCCAUCAUAUCAGAGGGUUUGCCAUUUCCUCCUUCUGGUUUUAAGGUCACGCAUGCAACUAUCGAUGUUGGCAGCUGGGUCCCCACCCCACCCCUGCUCUGCUUAAUGUUGAUUUCCUUAUUUAUGGUCCCAUGGGAUUCUGGGAGGUGUAGUUCUCCAAAAGUAAUGUUUUCAAGCUCUGGUGAUAGGGAAUGGCUGGUAAGGCUUGUCAGCCUCAGACAUCAUCUGUCGUUUCACCCCCUGGCGAAAGCUUUGGCAGUGGCAUGUACGACGGGUGGCUUCAGCUGAUGGUGAAGGGGUGGCCAGUCCAUUGUGCUUGGAGCCAGGCUGAUGCAGGAGUGAACACUCUUUCUUGCCCACAUACUCACACUCUUUCUCCCCGCACCAGUGACCAGUUGCCUGUCACUGGUUUGGGCAGGGAGGUGAGCAGUGUCACACAGUGGCAGGGACUUAACUCAUCAUCCCAGUUCUCCCCAAGUCCAGCCAGUCUCCUGUGGUCUUCCAGCCAUCGGUAUCCCCAUAGCUGCUGCUGCUGCUGGAAGGGAGCACCCGGCUUCAUACCGCUGUGCUCCUUUUUCUUGGAUCUCGUCCUCCUGUGUUUUCAGCCACUAAGCCGGGAGUGCCAGGAGCAUCUCUUCCCAGAGCCCUCUCGGCAUCACAGCCCUGAAAAGCCGGUGGUAUUUUGUAAAAUCAGGAGACUGCUGUACCCCUGCAGCUCUCCGGCUCCCAGGAGAACUUGGUUCCCCGCAUCUCCCCUCCUGUCCUUGCACGGCUUACGAAACCAGACCUGCAUGGCGUGGAUGCAUGCACCGGCACCCUGAAUGCGCAUCUGUGUGUCAACCUGCAUCCUUUCCGUGCCGGGCUGAAAGUUUGAAGGAGGACUCGACUUUUAUCAUUUUAUAGAGUUAAACAUAUCCCUUUUUGUAAACUUGUUCCUGUUUUUUGGAAUUAUUUUGUAUCCAUUUACAUUGUUGUUGUUGUCGUUUAAGGACAAUGUAUAUUUUUAUAUCUGUGCAAGUGCUCCCCCCCUGUAUAUUUCUGCAUGCACACGACCACAUUUUAGCCAUUUUUCUAGAGGAUGCUCAUGCAUUUUGUGCAAAGCAUCCUGUGAACACCUCCCCUCAUUGCUUCCGUAACUAGCUUUAUUUUACAACAAAGACACAACAGGUUUCUAUUUUGCCAGCUAUUUCUUGUAUAGGCGUUUAUGUGCUGCUCAUCUUGCCACACCCUCGGUGUACAGAAAGGGCAGCCGUGCUUUUCGGACCCUCUCCACUUGUUAGGAUCUGCAGCUGCUGUUGAUAUUCAGAGUGCGGGUUUUGUUGUCCUUUUAAACAACAGCUACAAAAGUUGGCUUUUAGAGGAGAGAGCUUAUUCCUAAUGGGAAAAACAGGGUUUCCGCUCUUAGAGAAACAGCUUUCUUCCUCUUGUGGAAUUACUGGCUUCUCUGUUGCAUGAAUGUUCAUAGAUUGCAAAAAAGAAAAAGAGAAAAAAGAAAAAAACCAGCAUGGAGUUAUUUUUACUAUUAAAAAAAAGGAGAGAGCCAACCAGUUUAUUUCAGCAAAUUGUGUACUUUAAGGUUGAGCUUGCACCUGCUUUCAAUUUCAUUUAAACGGAGUAGUUUUUCCCCUGUUGUACUGAGUCACUGCUUAGUGAACUGUAGCGGUGGGAACUGGAGACAGAACGUUUGCUGAAGACUCGUGCGGGUGGAGGAUGGGGACAUCUCAGGAAAGGCUUAGAAACUGCCUGGUUGCAAUCCUGCAUACUAUUAGGCCAUUUAAAUCCCCGUGGCCUCUGAGGGCUUCAGCCAUCCUAAGAGUGCGUCGGACUUCCAUCCAUGUCAUUUCAGCGUUAAGGCUGAAGGUAGAGGCAUUUCACCAUUGUACCCUCCCUGGCAUUAUAAGGUCUAUUCAACACCUUUGGUUUGGCUGUGUUCCAGCCGUGACACCAAAGACGGAUCUACACCGCUGUCUUAAAGAUGACUUAGGUGUCCUUUUCUCUCCCAAGAAAAGGGAGAACCCCUAAGAAAGGAUCUAGAUGGCUCUUAAUAACGUUUUUCCAGCAAUGUAGUUAAGCUAUAGGGGCGAGAUUGGUUAAGGAAAACCAUAGCCUCCGUGGUAUCUUGAACUGGGAGCUUGAGGUUUGCACCCCAGGUUUAUCUGCCUUCUUCAUUGUAGGUCCAAGGGACAGACAGUCAAAAAUUAGGCCUGAAAGAAUGCUAGUUAUUUACAGAACCGAGAAGCUGACUGUAUUAAAAGAGUGUUAAAUCAGCUUUUAAAUGUCUUCACCUUAGAAAACGUUCUGCUUCCUGUUGAAAUCCCUCUCUGGAUUCUUGCAACAGGAGCCAUGCAAACAAUGUAUAAAAAAAGGACUUGAUUUUGCAUCGGAUGCCAAAGUUAGUCAUCAGUAAUGUUUGAAUGAGGAUUGGGCACUCAAGUCUCAACUGCCCACUGGCCAAGACAGACCUGAAGCUUGUUUGUGCGCUGCAACAGGUGGAUUUGCGGACCAAGACGUUAACAGAAUCGAACUUGCAAUAAAAACAGGUUGAAAGCAAA